UGCGCUGUCUUGUAGAUACACUGCGAAAUAUAUUCAUAACUUGUUAUUCAAGCGUAGACCGACCUCCGAGGGACUUUGCCUUCAAGCUGUAUAGUUAUCACCAACUCGCGGACUUAUUUUUCAGUUCAGCACUUUAUCGGUGUGCUUAUCAAUCAAACCCUCCCUCGGGGAUCGCCGAUUGACGACCAACAGAGUGUGCGUGAACCAGAGCUCCACAGUCCAGAACAGCACAACAGAGAUGUCGAUUCGCAACCUGACGACCGCGGCCCGCUUCCUGGCCAAGGGACUGCUGCGGCCAAAGCUGAUCGGUGGAGUCGGCGCGCGAUCGCUGUCCCACUACCCGAUCGAUGAGACGAUUUUCGGGCUGACCGAGGAACAGCAGCAGUUACGUCAGACGGUGUUCAAUUUUGCGCAGAAGGAGCUGGCGCCGUUCGCUCAGGAGAUCGACAAGCAGAAUGAGUUCAAGGACCUGCGUAACUUCUGGAAGAAGAUGGGUGACCUGGGGCUGUUGGGACCGACCGUAAAGCCGGAGUACGGUGGCCUCGGGGGAUCCUACCUGGACCACUGCAUCAUCAACGAGGAACUGUCCCGUGCCAGCGGUUCGAUCGCGUUGUCCUACGGUGCCCACUCGAAUCUGUGCGUGAAUCAGAUCCACCGUAACGGAACCGAAGAGCAGAAGACCACGUACCUGCCGAAGCUGAUCAGCGGUGAGCACAUCGGUGCGCUGGCCAUGUCCGAGCCUGGUUCCGGCAGCGAUGUCGUUUCCAUGAAGACUCGUGCCGACAAGAAGGGCGAUUACUACGUGCUGAACGGCAGCAAGUUCUGGAUCACCAACGGCCCAGACGCGGACACGUACAUCAUCUACGCCAAGACCGACCUGAGCGCCAAGCCUCAGCACGGCAUCACGGCCUUCAUCGUUGAACGGGACACGCCCGGCUUCACACAAGGCCCCAAACUGGACAAGCUGGGCAUCCGUGGCAGCGGAACCUGUGAACUGAUCUUCGAGGACGCCAAAGUCCCCGCCAAAAACAUCCUCGGCCAACUCAACAAGGGCGUGUACGUGCUCAUGUCCGGUCUCGACUACGAGCGUCUCGUCCUGGCCGCCGGCCCCGUCGGUCUCAUGCAAGCCGCUUGCGACGUUGCCUUCGAGUACGCCCACAGCCGCAAGCAGUUCAACACCCGCAUCGGCGAGUUCCAGCUGCUCCAAGGCAAAAUGGCCGACAUGUACACCACGAUGAACGCCUGCCGGGCGUAUCUCUACUCGGUGGCCCGGUCCUGUGACCUCGGCAAGGCCAACCCCAAAGAUUGUGCCGGUGUGAUCCUGUACUGCGCGGAGAAGGCGACCCAGGUUGCGCUGGAGGCGAUCCAGAUUCUCGGUGGAAACGGGUACAUCAACGACUAUCCAACCGGAAGGAUCAUGCGCGACGCUAAGCUGUAUGAAAUUGGUGCUGGUACGUCCGAGAUUAGACGGAUGAUCAUCGGGCGGGCGCUGAACAGCGAGUACAAGUAGGGGGAUCGUCGUCGACCAGUGAAUCGUGAUUACUCAGAAAUCCGCGCAACGCGGAAUCGGAACUAAUGUGCAUUUAUGAAUUGUGCCUUUCUAACGUAACUUUUUUGUAUAUGUAAAUGGUAAAAGAAGCAACUUCUUUGGAUUAUUUUGUUUUGUAGGAAUAAAGGUGACCUUUUGGUAUUAAAGUAAAAUAAUUCAAAUGUU